AUGCCAGGUUUGGAUAAUUAUAAGGAAUUGUAUAAGGGUAUGAGCUUCAAGGAUAUACCUGAAGCAAGAAAAUAUCUUAACUUCUAUGCCUUAGCAAACAAAAAGGAACUAAAGUUGUUGAAAAGUUCUCCAAAAAGGCUAAGAUAUGGAUGUGUAUUUGACUGCCCCUUUAUUGUUUAUAUUACUCCAGAUGGGGACCUUCCUGGGGUUAGGGUAAAGACCUUAAAAGCAAAACAUACAUGUGAUGAAGCAUUUGAGAAUUCUAGGGUUGAUUAUUAUACAAUAGCAAAUUACUUCAAGAAGAAGGUGCAAGAUGACCCAAAGUUUAAGAUAAAAGAGAUGAGAGUAGAAUUGAAAAACACAUUCAAUAUUAAUGUUAGUUACGGAAAGUGCAAGAGGGCUAAGAGGCUGAUUUUAGAGAAACUGGAUGCCCUUGAACAAGGUAACAGAAAAUUCUUGAGAAUGUAUACUUGCUUCCAAGCAUUGAAGAUGGGUUUUAGAGAAGGGCUGAGACCAUUUAUUGGCUUAGAUGGUACCUUUUUUAAAGGAAAAGUAAAAGGUCAGCUAUUACUUGCUGUAGAUCUAGAUGCCAAUAAUCAGGCUUAUCCAGUAGCAUGGGCAGUUGUUGAUAAAGAAACCAAAAGGACUUGGACCUGGUUCUUGGAUUUGCUUCAAAGGUCAUUGGAUCUCAAAGAUGGUGAGGGAAUUACCUUUAUGUCAGAUAUGCAGAAGGGAUUAAUUGAGGCAGUCCAGAAUGUUCUUCCUGAUUCACACCAUAGGUUUUGUGUGAAGCACAUAGAGGCAAACUGGUGCAAGAGAUGGAGGACAGAUGAGUUCAAGAAGUUGCUAUGGUGGAGUGCCUGGAGCUCUUAUGAGGAAGAUUUCAAGGACCAGUUGAAGAGUAUUGGGGAACUGGGUAAGGAAGCUGUUGAAUCAUUGUUAAAGUAUCCUCCACAUGCUUGGUGUAGAGCCUAUUUUGAUACUGUGUGCAAGAACCAAAAAGAUGAGAAUAACUUCACUGAAUCAGUGAAUGCAUGGCUGGUUGAAGCAAGGCAAAAGCCAAUCAUUAAAGUGCUUGAGGAGAUAAGGAUAAAGUUGAUGAACCAGUUGAGGGAAAGGGAGGAAGCUUUGAGGUCAUGGGCAAAUGAUUUCAGUCCACAUAAUUUGAAGUUUUACAAUGAAUACUUCAAGAUAGCUAACACUUCUUGCUAUGUGGAUAGUAAUGGUGACAAUGGCUAUGAAGUCAGGGAAGGGACAGAUAAGGACAUUGUAAACAUGGUUUUGAAAAAAUGCACAUGUAGGGGAUGGGAUCUUACUGGAAUCCCAUGCCCACAUGCAAUCAAAUCCCUACAAUUAAAAAGGUUGGAGCCUAUGAAUGAAAUCAAGUGGUGGUACAGCAAAGAAGCAUAUCUGCUUACCUACAAGUACAAGUUGCAGCCAGUUAGGGGUGAAAAAUUCUGGAAGGUAGAUCCAUCACAAGCAAUGGAACCACCUGAGUUAGCCAAGAUGGCUGGGAGACCUAAAAUCAAGAGAACAAGACAAAAAGAUGAGGCAAUCAAAAGGCAAGGUGAAUGGGCAGCUUCAAGAAAAGGGAGAGUAAUGACUUGCAACAACUAUGGAGAGUCAAAUCAUAAUGCAAGGGGUUGUGAGAAGCCACCUAUGGCAAAAAGGGCAAGGCAAAUGCUAGACAUCUAG